GGUUUUAUGGAAGACCUUGGGUUAUGGAGCAGAGGAAAGAACUUUUUAGAAGACUUCAGAAGUGGGGACUAAAUACAUACCUGUAUGCUCCAAAGGAUGACUACAAGCACAGGAUGUUCUGGCGAGAAAUGUACUCAGUGGAGGAAGCAGAGCAGCUAAUGACUCUAAUAUCAGCUGCACGAGAACAUGAAAUAGAGUUCAUCUAUGCAAUCUCGCCUGGACUUGACAUCACUUUCUCCAAUCCUAAAGAGGUAUCCACAUUGAAACGCAAGCUGGACCAGGUUUCCCAGUUUGGCUGCAGAUCUUUUGCGCUGCUGUUUGAUGAUAUUGAUCACAACAUGUGUGCAGCAGACAAAGAAGUUUUCAGUUCCUUUGCUCAUGCUCAGGUCUCAAUCACAAAUGAAAUUUAUCAAUAUCUAGGAGAACCAGACACAUUCCUUUUCUGUCCUACAGAGUACUGUGGAACUUUCUGUUAUCCAAAUGUUGCCCAGUCACCAUAUUUACGGACUGUAGGAGAAAAGCUGCUCCCUGGCAUCGAGGUGUUAUGGACAGGUCCAAAAGUUGUAUCCAAAGACAUUCCCGUAGAGUCCAUCGAAGAAGUUUCUAAGAUCAUCAGGAGAGCACCAGUUAUCUGGGAUAACAUUCAUGCUAAUGAUUAUGAUCAAAAGAGGCUUUUUCUUGGGCCUUACAAAGGUCGGUCAACUGAGCUCAUCCCUCGACUAAAGGGAGUUCUGACCAAUCCAAACUGUGAAUUUGAAGCCAAUUACGUUGCUAUUCACACACUUGCAACCUGGUACAAGUCUAACAUGAAUGGAGUGAGAAAAGACGUGGUAAUGACUGAUACUGAAGACAGUACAGUUUCUAUCCAGAUUAAAUUGGAAAAUGAGGGGAGCGAUGAAGAUAUUGAAACAGAUGUUCUCUACAGCCCACAGAUGGCCCUGAAGUUGGCCUUAACGGAAUGGUUGCAGGAAUUUGGGGUACCUCAGCAAUACAGCAGUAGGCAAGUGGCCCACAGUGGUGCUAAAACUACUGUAGGGGAUGUAGGGCCUCUGGUGGCACCAUCCUCUUUAAAUGCAGCAACUGUGGUUACCACAGUUUACCAAGAACCCAUCAUGAGUCAGGGGGCAGCACUGAGCACUGAGUCACCAGCCUUGGUAAAGGAGGAAGAGAAGAAGCAAUCUGAUGAGGAACCAAUGGACAUGGUGGUGGAAAAACAAGAUGACGCGGACAAGAAUGCUAAUCAGAUACUGACGGAUAUUGCCGAAGUCAAAAUGGCAGAGGAGUUGAAGCCGAUGGAUACUGAUAAGGAGAGCAUAGCUGAAUCAAAGUCCCCAGAGAUGUCUAUGCAGGAAGACUCCGGUAGUGACAUUGCCCCUAUGCAGACUGAUGAGCAAAUUAACAAAGAACAGUUUGUCCCCGGGCCGAAUGAAAAGCCUCUCUACACAGUAGAACCAGUGACUUUAGAGGACUUGCAGCUUCUUGCUGACUUGUUUUACCUUCCUUAUGAACAUGGGCCCAAAGGUGCACAGAUGCUGAGAGAAUUCCAGUGGCUCAGAGCAAAUAGCAGUGUUGUCAGUGUUAAUUGCAAAGGAAAGGAUGCUGAAAAAAUAGAAGAAUGGCGUAACCGAGCAGGCAAGUUUGAAGAGAUGUGCAGCUUGGUGAUGGGGAUGUUCACUCGCCUCUCCAAUUGUGCCAACAGGACAAUCCUUUAUGACAUGUACUCCUACGUCUGGGAUAUCAAGAGUAUUAUGUCAAUGGUGAAAUCUUUUGUGCAGUGGUUAGGGUGUCGUAGUCAAUCUUCAGCACAGUUCUUAAGUGGAGACCAAGAACCCUGGGCCUUUAGAGGUGGUCUAGCAGGAGAGUUCCAGCGUUUGCUGCCUAUUGAUGGAGCAAAUGACCUCUUUUUUCAACCACCUCCAUUAACACCCACUUCCAAAGUGUACACCAUACGACCCUACUUUCCUAAAGACGAGGCAUCUGUAUAUAAGAUCUGCAGAGAAAUGUAUGCUGAUGGAGCUGAUCAACCCUUCCAUAGCUUACCAGAUUUAAUUGGAGACAAGUUAGUAGGAGGUCUGCUCACCCUCAGCCUGGAUUACUGCUUCGUCUUAGAAGAUGAGGAUGGUAUAUGUGGCUAUGCUUUGGGAACGGUUGAUGUGACUCCUUUCAUUAAAAAAUGUAAAAUGUCUUGGAUCCCUUUCAUGCAAGAAAAAUACACUAAACCAAAUAGUGACAAGGAACUGUCUGAGGCAGAGAAAAUAAUGCUAAGCUUCCAUGAAGAGCAAGAAGUAUUGCCAGAAUCAUUUCUUGCCAACUUCCCAUCGUUGAUAAAGAUUGAUAUCCACAAAAAAGUUACAGAUCCAAGCGUGGCCAAAAGUAUGAUGGCCUGCCUGCUCUCUUCUCUAAAGGCUAAUGGCUCCCGUGGGGCUUUUUGUGAAGUGAGACCAGAUGAUAAAAGAAUCCUGGAAUUUUACAGCAAGCUGGGUUGUUUUGAAAUUGCCAAAAUGGAAGGAUUUCCAAAGGAUGUUGUUAUCCUUGGAAGAAGCCUGUGAAGUGCUUGACAGCGAACUGUUCCAGUACUGUAGUCCCUUAACAGCUGGGCAGGUAGUGGUGGGGAUCUUCAUAUGGUCUAGCUGCACAAAGCCAGCAAUAAGCCAGCUUGGUAGAAGGGGCUAUGCGAAAAUCACCCAUCACAUGUUCAGACUGUAAUUUGUUGGAAGAGGUUAAUGCUGCUGAAAACACUGUUUUAACAAAGAGAAACCUUGUCCUCUCCUGGUCCUGUGUGAAGUGCCAAGGAAUAUUGCAUGGGCUAUAGCUUCUCGGAGGAAUCCCUCUCAGUCGGUGCUGUGGUUGACAGCAGUUCUCUGCAUGCACAUGUCAACAGCAAAGCAGUCUCUGUCAGAAGUACCUGUAAAGAUGCAGAGGUUUUCCUCUGUCAUAGAGCAGGAUGUGCAACUGCAGGUUGCAGAAAUGGGAGGGAUUGCUUGUGUCAAUCAGCAAAUUUAAAGAUAAGUAGCUACAGUUCUAUUUUUGACUAUCUUUAUGCUUGUUGAUAAAGCAAUGACCUGUUGUCACUUCUGAUGACCAUUGGUUCAAGCUUCGUGCUUUGUUAGGGACAAAUGUGCAGUGGUCUGUGGCAGAAGUCACUUGAUGACAAACUUGUAAAUUUCAGUGUAUAUAAACGUAGCGGUAUGCUGACUAACUUUUUGUUUACCAGUUUUUGUAACUUUUUCUUUUGAAAAGUGAAAUGGUAUAGGUCCAAGAUGGCACUUUUGAAUAACCUGAAACCACAAUGGAGAACAAAUCUGCGCUGACCUUUCUUAUUGUGCCUC